UUGUCGUCAGGCUAAGUACAUGAGCCUGGAUAGUGACUCGGAAAUGAUCUGCUUGGAGACGGGUUGGCCCAGCAAUACUUAUCGGAAGAUCUACACGCUCUUCCUGCUACUUUUUACUUACAUGUUGCCCCUAUUCAUCCUCACCGUAACCUACUGGAAUGUGGGGAUGAGGCUCUGGGGUCGGAGACCACCGGGAAACUUGGACAGAAACAGGGAAGCUCAACACGACAAGUCCAAACGGAAGGUUAUCAAGAUGCUGUUCAUCAUAGUGGCUGUUUUUGCUCUUUGCUGGCUCCCGUUUCACAUCUUCAGUGUAACGUACGAAUUCAACCCAGCUGUGUUGCCCAGCGACCCAGUGGACAUCACCGCCCUUUACUUCUUCUCCCACUACCUGGCCAUGUCCCAUAGCUUCUGGAACCCACUCAUUUAUGGAUUCUACAAUGAUAACUUCCGGGUACGUUUGGUAUUUGACGUCAUCUGUUCAUUGGGUUUAGAGCCACACCGCACCUGGUAAACACAUGACAUACUUGGGACAAAUUAGCUGAUAGCCUU